CUCUCAGUCUCCUCCCUCAUACAUCACCUUCACUUCAUCUCUUCACGACCCGCCAAAAUGGUCCUCAAGCUCCACGGCCUCGCCAUGUCGACCUGCACCAAGCGUGUGCAGGUUGUCCUCAAUGAGAAGGGCGUCGACCACGAGUUCGUCCCCAUCGACUUCGCCAAGGGCGAGCACAAGUCCGAGGCCUACCUUGCGAACCUUCAGCCCUUCGGCAAGGUCCCCGCGCUCGAGGACACCGAGACCGGAGUCAAGAUCUUCGAAAGCAGAGCCAUCGGCCAGUAUAUCGCCUCCAAGUACCGCGGCCAGGGCAACGAAGUCUCCCCCCCCGAGUCGGACCUGAAGGCCUUCGCUCUGUACCAGCAGGCUCUCUCCGUCGAACAAUCCUACUUCGACCCCGCCGUGUCUGGCAUCGCAUUCGAGAAGGUCUUCAAGGCGUUCAAGGGUCUGGGCCAGACGGACGAGGGCCGCGUGCAGGCGCUGGUCGCCCAGCUGGACGCCGCCCUGCAGGGCUACGAGCGCAUCCUGUCCAAGCAGAAGUACCUGGCUGGUGACAGCGUGACCCUGGCGGACCUGUACCACCUCCCGUACGGCGCCUUCGUCGAGCCGUUCGGCUUCGCCGAGCUCCUGCCCAAGUACCCGCAUACCCAGAAGUGGUGGGAGGAGCUGAAGGCCCGCGAGAGCUGGAAGAAGAUCGCUGAUGCUAAAUAAGUAGCUAGCCUAGGUUUAGGGAUUUUGUUUGAGUUAUGAAGCGAAUGAUAUGAUUUCUUUUC